AUGGAUGAGUUACUGGGCAAGACCGGGGUGAAGGGUGAGGAGAUAGGGAUAGUGGUGGUGCAUAGUAGUAUUUUUAACACUGUUCCGUCUCUAGCUUCCAUGAUUGUGAAUAGAUACAAGCUUGGUAAGAAUGUUUUGAGCUACAAUCUGAGUGGAAUGGGGUGCAGUGCUGGACUCUUGUCCAUUGGGCUUGCCAAAGACCUUCUCAAGGUGCACCGUAAUUCGUAUGCCCUAGUGGUGACCACAGAGAUUAUCACUCAAGGCUGCUACAUGGGAAACAAUCCAUCCAAGCUCAUCGGCAAUUGUUGCUUUCGUAUGGGUGGCGCCGCGGUUUUCCUCUCCAACCGACCCUCCGAUCGAAGCAGCUCCAAGUACCAGCUCAUCCACACUGUCCACACCAACACCGCAAGCUCUGAUUGUUCGUACAACUGCAUCAUCCAGGAAAAGGACCAUGAGGGCCACGUGGGUAUUACCAUCAACAAAGAUCUCUUAGUCGUGGUCUCCGAGAUCAUUAAAUCCAACGUAGCCACAUUGGCUCCCCUGAUCCUCCCUGCAUCAGAACGACUCCUCUAUCUUGCCAACUAUUUAAUUAGGUAUUUCCAUGUGGCAAACAUCAAACCGUACGUGCCAAAUGUCAAGCGUGCAGUGGAUCAUUUCUUCCCUCAUGUGGGUGCAAAGCCCAUACUGGACAAAGUGGCGAGGAGCUUGAGAAUGAGUGAGGGACAAAUGGAAGCUUCUAGAAUGACCUUGUAUAGGUUUGGGAAUACAUCGAGUAGUUCAGUAUGGUAUGAGCUAGCUUAUGCAGAGGCCAAGGGUAGGAUCAAGAGGGGUGAUCGUGUGUGGCAGAUUGCAUAUGGGUCUGGCUUUAAAUGUAGUAGUGCGUUUUGGAAAGCCAUUAGGACCAUUGAUCGUGAGAAAAUGAAUCCUUGGAGCGAUGUGAUUGAUGAGUUUCCAGUGGUGGACCCGCAUAGCACUGAAACAUUUCCUUAUGCUUUUGAGUCAUCAAAAUCAAAGUGAUUAUGAUCAUCAGAUCUCCAUGGGCUGAUUACUAUUUGCAUGUUGGGCUUCAGGCCCAUGAAUAAGAAAUAAAGAAUGAGUUAUUGCAAUUCA